AUGACCCGCUCCUCGCCGUCGCUGUUCCUCCUCCUCCUGCUGGCCUUGUGGACGGCGCCCUACCUCGCAGCGCGCGCCGGCACCGGCGCCAGCGACCACGGCCUCACCCACAUCCACCUGUACAUGCCGCUGGGCGCCGACGCGACGUUCGGGGCGGUCGGCGUGCUCGACGACGAGCUGCGCGACGGGCCGGACGCGGGGAACUCGUCGCUCGUCGGCCGGUACCAGGGCCUCUUCGUCAGCGCGGGGCUCGUGAGCCCGCCGGGCGCGCAGUCGGCGAUCAACCUCGUCUUCACGGCCGGCGAGCAUCGCGGCAGCACGCUGGCCAUGCUGGGGCCCAUGCUGAGCUUCACGAGCGCCAUCGAGCGCGCCGUGGUGGGCGGCACCGGCGCCUUCAGGAUGGCGCGCGGGUACUGCGUCAUGACGCCCGCCGGCAGCCCCACGCUACGAGGUCGACCUGUUCCUGGACAUGUACCAUGCCUGAUCGAUGUGUGCCUGUUGGGUUUGGAGGUGGACUAA